AUGCUCGUCCUCCGCCCCGCUACGAGCGCUGCCAGGACGCGCCUCGCCGCCCCCCUCGCCGCCCGUGGACUCGCGACCGUCCGCAGCGCCCCGCCAAAAGAUGAGACCAAGCCAACUGACGAACCAGUCCGACAGCUUCCGGAGGUGCACUCCUUCCUCUCCCGCCUGUUCCACGACAGCGACCUGAUCCCCCUGCCGAUGCAAAAGGUACUCGCGCCCGUGAUCGCGAAGCGGCGAACGCCCAAGAUCGAAGAGCAGUACAAGGAGAUUGGCGGCGGCAGCCCCAUCCGCGCCUGGACCGAGAAGCAGGGCGAGGGGAUGUGUGCGCUGCUGGACGAGCUGAACCCCGAGUCGGCGCCGCACAAGCCCUACAUUGCGUUCCGGUACGCGGAGCCGCUGACCGAGACGGCGCUGCAGCAGAUGCAGGCUGACGGCGUCCGUCGCGCAGUCGCAUUCACGCAGUACCCACAGUACUCGUGCUCGACCACGGGGUCGAGUCUGAACGAGCUCUACCGCGUCGCGAAGAAGCAGGGGUGGGGCGCCAACGGCGAGGUCGAGUGGAGCACCAUCGACCGGUGGCCCGCUGACCGCGGCCUCGUCAAGGCGUUCGCGAACAAUAUCCGCCACGCACUCGACAAGUUCCCGGACCACGAGCGGAACGACGUCGUCAUCCUCUUCUCGGCCCACUCCCUGCCUAUCGAGAUUGUCAAACCCGUACACGCCCGAAGUCGCCGCAACAGUGUACGCGAUUAUGGAGGAGCUCGGUUUCUCAAAUCCUCGAAAGUGGGCCCCAAGGCGUGGCAGGGCCCGCAGACCGCGAAGGCGAUCGAGGGCCUGGCCAAGCAGGGACAGAAGAAUGUCCUCCUUGUCCCCGUGGCUUUCACGUCCGACCACAUCGAGACGCUGUACGAGCUCGACAUCGAAGUGAAGGAGGACGCAGACAAGCUCGGCGUGCGUCUCGAGCGUGCCGAGAGUCUGAACGGGUCGCCCAUCUUCAUCCGCGCGCUGGCCGAUAUCGUGUCCAAGCACCUGAAGGAUUAUGACAGCGGCAAGAUUGCCCCGGCCAGCUCGCAGUUGCUCCUCCGCUGUCCUGGGUGCACUAACCCGAGGUGCGGGAAGACGAAGGAGUGGCUCGCCAAUGCGGGCUGUGAGUGA